UCUCUUCGUGGGGUGUGUCCAUAUAUAACUGCUCCCCCUGGUGUGUGUCCAUAUAUAGAGGGCGAACUGUCUUGCCUUUUGGGGGGCAGUGUCAUGGUGGGGGAUUAGAGACGAUGAGGUACACCUGUUCGUUCGUACGUCCAUCCAUCCACCGCGAUGUCUUGUCGGUAUUCUACCAUCACCAACACCUCUUCUCUUCAUCCCUGCCCGGCGGUCGGCCGCGCUCCCUCUAGCGCUCGAGGGUCUCCGGCGAUGAGACGAAAUAGUCUAUAUAUGCACGCAGAAGAUUAUGACAAUGCAUACACGCACGCCUUGCGAGCCGCAGAGAGUACGAAAGAGACCCAAUCGUAGGAGCAGCCCUGCCUCAAACCCAAUACUAAAGGGAGCUAUGAGAGCUGCCAGGUGGCCGGAGAUAAUAACCUCGUCUUCGAACGCCCCGCCCUUAUUCUCCUUUCAAUCAACAUCGACGUAACCAGCAUGAGCUUGGGAGGUGGAGUCACCGUCUUUAGCGCGCCAGAGCUAACCAGCUCACCCAUCGCUAUCAGCGCGUCCAUGAGCCUACCGACCACCACAGCACCGAUGGCGCCGCAGCUGGCAACUCUAGACAACCAGAUCAUGGGGCUCCUCUACACAGAUAUCACCCCUACGUCCGUGACCGCGGAGCUGGGCAGCCCCGAGGACAACUGGUGGGACAUGGUUAGUAGCACUCCCAACGGAUCGUUCUCCAGCUGCGACAGCGCGACCACAGGCUGGCCGUACCCGACAGUCUCCCACUCGGCACCACACGCGGCCACAGCCAUGCACCAACCCGUGACUUUGGUGCCCAAGGGCGACUACCACUACAAUUUUGCCGGGUGCGACGGGGCGUUCAAGCGGAAAGAGCACCUCAAGCGGGACGUCAGCAGCAAGCACCAGAAGAAGACGAAUGAGUGGAGGUGCCAGGCCGGGGACUGCAACAAGACGUUUAGCCGCAGCGACAACUGGCGGCAGCACCUUAAGCGGCAUGCCGAGGGCACGCACCCGCGCACCCCCUUCUCGCAGUGGGCCGUUGACGAGCUCGAGAUCAAGAGGGGUCGGAUGGGGCGCAGGAAGUUUGCCAGGAAAACUGCACAUUUUGACGAGACGUAA